CGUCCCCUCAAAGAUGGUCUAAACUAAGGUCUUUGGGAAGUAAAAUUUCUGUAAAAAGACUUUCAGAGACCAGAUGGUCAGCACGUUAUGAGGCUGUAAAAACAUUAUGUGCCCAUUAUGAUGAUAUACGUGGUAUUCUUACAAAUAUUUCAACUAGUGAAGGUAUGAAACCUACAACAGUGAUUGAGGCACAAACCUUAAUCCAUCAAAUGAAUACUUUGGAGAUGGUAUUACUCACAGUUAUUUGGGAAGAUCUACUAAAACACGUCGAUAUUGUAAAUAAAUCUCUUCAAGAACCUGGCAUCGAGUUUAACACGAUGGUGCGACUUUACGACAGUUUAAUUCAAUAUUUAUCUCACUGCAGAACUGAGGACAUGUAUAAUAGCUAUUAUCUUAAGGCAAAAGCCCUUGCACCAGAUUCAGAAUUUAAAGAAUCCGAAACUAGAGUUCGUAAGAGAAAACGACAGUUCGAUGAAGGGCCAGAUGAGACUCCCUCUCGCAGUGCCAAAGAUUCCUUUAAGAUUAAUGUUUUUUUAUUGUUCUGGAUGUGCUUUGCGCUGAAAUGA